AUGCAGUGCGCGGCGGACGGCGGCGGCGCGGAGCCUGCGGUGAGGAAGGGCCCCUGGACCAUGGAGGAGGACCUCGUCCUCGCGAACUACGUCGCCGCCAACGGCGAGGGCGCGUGGAACACCCUCGCCCGCGCCGCCGGGCUGAACCGGACGGGGAAGAGCUGCCGGCUGCGGUGGCUGAACUACCUGCGCCCCGACGUGCGGCGCGGCAACAUCACGCCGGAGGAGCACCUGCUCAUCCUGGACCUGCAGGCGAGGUGGGGCAACCGCUGGUCCAAGAUCGCCAGGCACCUCCCCGGCCGGACCGACAACGAGAUCAAGAACUUCUGGAGGACCAAGAUACAGAAGAAGCGCAGCGCCGGCACCACCGCCAGCGACAGCACUGGGUGCCAGCCUCCGAGGCCGAGCUCGGGCUCGCCGGCGGUGACCGAGUCCCGUAGCAGCAGCAGCAACUCCGUCGGCCGGGCGGGCGCGAUGUCAAAUUACGACGCCGUCACGGCGGCGGCGACGGAGCCAGGCGGCUGGGGUGAUAACCAGCUGGGCUAUGCAGUACAAGAGGGAGGUGGUGGAGCGCGUGCCGGUGGCAUGGACGGCGGCGCCCGGCCAGACUCUGUGGGCCGUGCGGGCGCCAUGCCGCACUACGACUACGACGUCGUCGUGUCGGCGAGGGACCCAGGCGGCUGGGGCGAUCAGCAGCUGGGCUACGCCGGGCAAGGAGGAGGUGGUGGCGCGUGUGCCGGUGGCAUGGGCUGCGGAGUGCCGCCAGAGUUUUUGCAGGCGGCGGCAGUGGCCGGCGACAACUUCUGGGGCCUCGAGGAGUUCUGGCCAACGGUGCCAUCGCUCCACGGCGACUGAUGAUUGCGACGGAAGCUCUUGUGCCGCGUUUACAGAUAGCUGUCUGAUCUAUCGGUGUCAUCACGUGUGCGAGUAGGGAGUUGGAUUCGUUUGCUAGAACAAAGCGUUCCGGCUUCGCUACAAUUUGCACUGAAUUCUGA